CCCGCUGCGCUCAACCUCUCGAUGCGGGCCCUGUAUCCGCAUCACUGUCGAUGCCCGGUGAGGCGUAGGUGACUUGUCCGCGCCCACGUAUGCCCAAGUCGUUUGCCGCUCAAGGCCAACCAAGUACUCCGUCCGCGUCGGGCCUGCCCGACUCCUCGCAACCCCAGUGUCUGAUUCGCUGGAGAUCAUGCAUCAAACCCUGUCAAGACUCCGACGACGACACAUCGCUCUCGCUUUGUACGAACCCAUCUGCUGAUGUUCCUGCUGCCUGGAAGUUCUAUCAGGAUGGAUGAUCCGCGGGAGAUACUCGUCUGGGCUAUCCAACAUAUGUGCGCGCCCCUGAUGUCUGCAUCGUCUUCCGACCUCAUCCACGGUUACGGUGAAUGAGUCGAGUAGCAGCUCAAGAAGUGUUGCCGGCAUCUGCUAGCGCUCCUGAUUCGAAGUCGUUCCGUUGGCGAACGCUGCAUAGCACCCCAUGAGCGCGUCGUCGCUUUUGGUUCGGACAUGCGUGCCCGAGUACCACGAUCCCCCGCAUUUCACGAACGACGACGGGAUCUCAAACCCGAGAUGCAGAGGAGGCAAUGUAUGGCCGGUUACACUCAUGAUACCUCCGCGCACCCAACACUGCUCCCCCGCCAGAGCUCAAGCCGUGAUUUACACUAGCAACGCUGAAACGUAUCCGUGUCGGAAAACGCCCCCGUCAUGUCCACGGGCGUGAGAAAACGGAUUGAACAAGGUCGUCACCAUGCGCAUGUGCCAGUCAACAUCGAGUCAACGGCGAUGCGGCACUUCGGUCCUCCGAGGCUCUGACGUGCAACGCUGUGCGUCUGACUUUGCUCCCCUGCGCGGACUAUCGCGCAAUGGCAACUACCUGGCCGCAGCUCAUCCCCGAUCUGUGCACGAAGUGCGCCGUCGCGACCACCGUCCGGGUAUUGAACGUGCGAGAUGGAGUAGAACGGCGAGGUAGCUGGGAGGAGGGCGGAUGGACGAUGAUCAGAGGUACGCACGUCGAAGACGUUUUGAAAUACCAAGAUCAUCGCGAUGGGAGCAAUCUGAUCGCAAGAUGGGGGUGGGAUCGAAGACGACAUGCAUGAGGACCGCGCUUCAACUCGUUGGACGUACCUUUGCUCGAUGGACAUGAGAAACACGGCUGUGCGGGGGCGUAGAAAUCGUUUUUUCCUCGGCACCCCCGGUUAACCGCCAGUCAUAUUUGUACUUCCCCGUCAUGACCAAUCCAAAGAAUAAU